AUUUUCGCGCAUGUGCAGUGAGAAAAGUGAGAGAGCCUGCUGCACUGAGUUUGUGUUAUGAUAUAAAACACGAGUCUAUCGUUACCGAUCGCUACAGUAUAAACUUGUAUUUGUAUAAUUAAAGUUGUUUUAACGCGGAGAUUUGCGUUUAUAGAGAGAAGAAGAAAACAAAACGCGUUUGAAGAGGAGCGAGAGAAAAAUGAAUCAGUUUGAACAUUUAAAAGAAGAAGACUCUGGUGACCACGAGGAGAUUAAGGACCAUAAUGAAAUCGAUGGAGGAUCAAUAAACAACAAUAAUAACAACAUCAGACGUAAGACGAUUAGUCCAGGUGCAGGUGAACAUCCUCUGCAGUAUAACUACACCUUCUGGUACUCGCGCCGCACACCCAGCAGACCUGCAAACACACAGAGCUACGAGCAGAACAUCAGACAAAUGGGAACAGUGGCAUCGGUUGAACAGUUCUGGAAGUUCUACAGUCAUCUUGUUCGACCUGGGGACCUGACGGGUCACAGUGACUUUCACCUCUUUAAAGAGGGAAUCAAACCCAUGUGGGAGGACGAGGCAAAUAAAAACGGCGGCAAGUGGAUUAUUCGCUUGCGGAAAGGUUUGGCAUCACGAUUCUGGGAGAACAUCAUCCUGGCCAUGCUGGGGGAACAGUUCAUGGUGGGGGAAGAGAUCUGUGGGGUGGUGGUGUCCAUCCGAUUCCAGGAGGAUAUUCUGUCGAUUUGGAAUAAAACGGCCAAUGAUCAAGUUACCACAUCACGAAUAAGAGACACGCUGCGGCGCGUGCUGAACCUGCCACCAAACACCAUCAUGGAGUACAAGACGCACAACGAUAGCCUCAAGGAUAAUUCCAGCUUUCGUAAUACGAAGAUCACCUUGUAAAACCCAAGAAAUCAUUUUCAUAUGGACACUUUCCCUUUUACACCAUGUGCACAUGAAACUGGUGCAUAAAGCAGACAAGAUGAUGAUGAUGAUUGCGCGUGUCUGUGUGUGUGUGUGCGCGUGCGUGUGUCCGCGCGUUUGUGUAAUAUAUUACACGCGUUUGUAUGGUUUUCUAUCAUUCCAUCUGUGUGUAGCUCAGAAAGUUGUCUGGUCUAUUCCUCAUUAAAGUAUACUUCAUCAGAUUCAGUGCGCUUGUGCGUCUGUGUGUGUGUUUGAAAUGAAAAUUUUAUUAAAUCCUCUGCAUACA